AUGGCAGGUCUCAAGAGCUUGCAUAGCAUGCGUCAUGCUUUCACCUGGAAUAUGCUGAUAGCAUACAUGAUCAUUGCCAUUAGUGUGUUUAGCUAUGGAUUUGACGACGCUGUAUUUUCCACCAUCCAGACCAUGGACUCGUUCGAGAAGCAGUUUGGCACCUACGAUCGCUCCACCGGUGAAUACGGCUUCAGUACCCAGCACUUGGCCUUUCUCAAUUCGCUCGGGCUUCCUGCAAAAGCGGUCGGCACCUUUCUUGGAUGGGCCAUUGGGGAAUACUAUGGACGCCGGGCUUGCUUUAUCGGCAUGCAGCUCAUUUGCAUUGCUGGUAUCUCGACGAGCUACAGUGCGACGUCAUUUGGUCAGAUCCUGGCCGGGCGGAUGAUAGUGCAAUGCUUUAUCGGAUGGGAAGACUGGCUUGUGCCCAUGUUUCUGGCUGAGAUUAGCCCUGCCAUGGUUCGCGGAGCAACGGUGGUAGUAUACGUUUUUGCUCAUAUGUUUGGUUCGUUCAUCUGCGCCAUAAUCACAUAUGAAACAGCCAAGCUGGAUGGGAACUCCGCCUGGAAGCUCCCAAUUGGCAUGAUGUGGACGUUUCCCUGCUUCAUCCUGCUUUUCAGCUGGUUUGUGCCCGAAAGCCCUCGAUGGCUUAUUCGGAAGAACAAGGCCCAGGCAGCGGCUAAACAGCUCAAAUAUCUCAACAAGGGCAAUACUGUCGAUGUUGACAGUGAAGUGAAGCUCUUGCAAGCGUCUAUCGAGGCAGAUUCACAGACAAAGGGCUCCUGGGCAGAGCUUCUCCAGGGAACCAACCGAAGGAGGACAAUGAUUGCAGUCAUGACUGCGGCUUUCAACCAAUUAACAGGACAAAGCUUCGUCAGUCAAUACGGUAGCCUUUUCGUCAAGUCGCUCCAGGUCAUGAACCCAUUCGCCUUCACGCUUCUGUCCCGGGGAAUCUCGACCAUCGGCCCACUGGUCACCUUCUCUCUAGUAGACACGACAGGUCGACGACCCAUCUAUCUGAUCGGCGGCACCAUGACAACCGGCCUGCUCCUCACCUGUGGUGGACUAGGGACGGGAAUCAUAACUGAUGGCAAAAAGCGUGGGGUUUGUGGGGUACUGAUGAUGUACGGGCUGUUCUACAUCAUGUCCUUUGGUUCUAUCGCGGUCAUCACGGGCGCAGAAACGCCCCAUCUUCGACUGCGGGACAAGACCUCCGUUGUUGCCUGGAUUAUCCGCAUCGUGUGCGACUUUGCAGUCUCCUACUCCCUCCCGUAUUUGCUCAAGGCUCCAUAUGCAGACCUCCAAUCCAAGGUCGGAUUUAUAUACGGGGCCCUCGCAGCCUUGGGGGUGGUUUGCGGGUACUUUUUCUUGCCAGAGCUCACGGGACGCUCCCUUGAGGAGCUGGAAGAGAUGUGGCAGCGGCGGAUCCCCGCCCGGAAAUUCUCUGGCUGGGAUUCCGAGGUCGAUGGGGGUAUCAGCACAAAAGCCACGCGACUGGAGGGUCAAAGCGACAAGCACCUCGAGGAGGAUAAAAGGGAAGCCACUCAAGUUGCCCGAGCCGCGUUCGCGUCGGGGCGCACCAAGACCAAAGAAUGGAGGCGCCAUCAGCUUAAAAGGGCCUGGUGGAUGAUCGAGGACAACAAGGACCGCCUCUUUGCUGCAAUCCACACCGAUCUGAACAAACAUAAGUUGGAAUCCAUGCUCGCGGAUAUUGGGAACCUCCAAAGAGAUAUCCUACACACACUUGACAAGCUCGAUGAAUGGACCAAGGAUGAGAAGCCCACGAGAAAGGAUCCCAUCAAUUUCUUUGGCGGGACGGUGGUUCGAAAAGAGCCACUGGGAGUGUCCUUGAUCAUCGGCGCUUGGAAUCUUCCCAUCUUACUGAGUCUACAACCCAUGGUCGCUGCGAUCGCCGCUGGUUGCGCGGUGGUGCUGAAGCCAUCGGACGUCGCAGUGGCCUGCCAGGAUCUACUGAUGGAGAUCAUCCCCCAGUACCUGGAUCGCGAGGCCAUUCAAUGUGUCAGUGCCGGAUCGCGAGAGAUGAAGUACAUUCUUGAGCAUCGCUUUGAUCACAUCUUUUACACCGGAUCCGCGAAUGUCGCCAAGAUCAUUUACGCCGCCGCUGCCAAACAUCUGACUCCCGUCACCCUUGAGUUAGGAGGCCAAGGGCCGGCCAUUGUCUCUCCGUCCGCCAACAUCGAUCUCGCAGCCAAACGCAUCGCUGCGGCCAAGUUCGCUGUCGCUGGACAGCUCUGCAUCAACGUAAACCACAUCCUCGUCGAUCCCAGCGUACGGGAUGCCCUCGUAACAAAGCUAACCCACUACUUUGACGAAUUCAGCGGCGGCCGAGACAAUAAACCGGAUUAUUACAGCCACAUUGCCAACGAGCGAAACUUUGACCGUCUCGAGUCCCUUCUCAAGAGAACAAACGGCAACGUGGUUUACGGUGGCAUCCGCGAUCGUCAAACCCGAUACUUUGGACCCACCGUCGUUGUGGACGUCAAGACCGACGAUCCUCUCCUCUCCGAAGAGCUGUUCGGCCCCAUCUUGCCCAUCAUCGAUGCAGAUCUUGACACUGCUAUAUCUUUUACCCGCAGCGGAGAACACCCAUUAGCCCUUUACGGCUUUACCAACGAUGAGACUGAGAAGAUACGCAUCCAGAACGAGACGGCUUCAGGUGGUGUGACCUUCAAUGAUUGUCUCCUACAUGCAGCUGCCCGCGAUGCACCGUUUGGUGGCGUCGGGAAUUCGGGUAUUGGAGCCUACCAUGGGCAUCAUGGGAUAAUGGCGUUCUCGUACCUUCGCACAUACACGAAUGCCAUUCCAAACUACCUUGAGCGGUUUAUGGAUGCGAGGUAUCCGCCUUAUAGCAUUGAGAAGAUGAUGAAGAUAAUACCUCCUGUUAAGGCGCCGUUUGAUAGAGAUGGAAAUGAUUUGUCUUCUCGUAGCAAGGUCUCAAGUUACAUGGUUGCUCUGGCAGUUCUUGGUCUUUCAGUUUGGAUGUUGUGA